AUGGAACUUCUGAGUUACGAAAAGCUUAUGAUCGGAGAUGAACUAAACAAAGACUCGGUAAAAGUCAGGAUUGUACUCUGCAGCAACUCAAAAGAGGGGGUCGGCAUAAUGGCAGAUGAAAAGAGCCCUGGCCACCAAAACUUUCUUAGCAGGCUAGAUGCAAAGGGACACGUGGGUGAGGCCUAUGUACUUCUAGAGGGCAACGGGGAAGUAACUGUAUUUGUAGGGAUAGGCAACGUGGAAGAGGAUAUUCUUCUUGUCAAGAAUAAUGCAAGAAAGGCCGGGGCUUCUGCAUACAAAUGUGUGUCCCAGUUUAAGAACAUGGAGAUGUCGCUAACGUCAGAGUACAUGGCGAGAGAGGUUGUGUCCGGAAUAAUGCUAGCCUCGUAUAAGUACCGAUUUUUACAUAAGGAGAAGGAUGAGCCUAGCAAGAAGAUAGCAAUAAAUUCUCAAUCGCAUGCAGUAAAGAAGGCAGUGGUUGUCGGGAAUGCGCAGAAUUUUGCACGAUUCCUAGGAGACACGCCAGCAAAUCUCAUGAAUCCAACGCUGUUUGUUGAAUAUGCUACUAAGUAUCUGCAGGAUAAAAAGAAUGUUACGUUUGAAGUGUUUGAUAAGAGCUUCAUGGAAAGAAAGUCCAUGAAUCUUCUUUUGGGUGUUUCUCAGGGCUCAGCCCAGGAGCCGAAGCUCUUGGUUGCCAGGUACAGGGGGAAGUCCGGAGAUGCAGUAGAUAUUGCAUUAGUUGGAAAAGGCGUCUGUUUUGACUCUGGUGGAAUAUCGCUGAAGCCAUCGGCACGCAUGCACCGCAUGAAAGGAGAUAUGCUCGGUGCUGCUUCUGUCUUGAGUGUCUUUGGUCUCGCUGCUGACAUGGGUAUCAAGAUAAAUAUGAAUCUUGUUAUUCCGCUGGUAGAAAACCUACCAAGUGGUACUGCGACAAAGCCUGGGGAUGUUCAUGUGGGAAUGAACGGAAAGAGUGUGGAAAUUAACAACACAGACGCAGAAGGGAGACUUAUUCUUGCCGAUGCGCUUGUAUAUGCACAGGAGGCAAACCCGACCUACAUAGUCGAUGUUGCUACAUUAACAGGAGCCAUGAUGAUUGCUCUUGGUGAUGCAUUCAUAGGAUAUUUCACUGCUGACGAUGAUCUGUCGAAAAUAAUCCAUCAAAGCGGAAUCGAUGCCAAUGAUCCUGUAUGGAGAAUGCCCUUGUCGCAGCUGUACCUGCCGUCAAUGAAGUCUAAUGUUGCAGAUCUAAAAAAUGCAGUCGAGGGAGGACAUGGAGGCUCUGCAACCGCAGCUAUCUUUCUUAGUGAAUUUGUUGGUAAGGAGUUCAAAUGGGCUCAUUUUGAUAUUGCCGGGGUAAUGGAUAGCAACAACAAUAAGGGCGUUUAUGGUGAUGGAGCGACAGGUUGCGGUGUUCCUGUUUUGAUCGAAAUGAUUGAGAAGCUGUCUACGAUAAUCAAUUAA